AUGACAGCGCCCAUGGCGGCCUUGGCUCAGCACGCGGCAGACCCUGGCGCAUUGAGCUCGGCCUGCGGUGGCUGCCCGGCGGGUGCCGCCAGCCGUGCGGCCACGGCAGCAGCAGCCGACAAGACCGUCGACGACGCUUUGAUGGUGGCCCAGCUCCCAGGCGGCGCAUGGGCCAUUGUCAAUCGGCUCCCCCUCAAGAACUUUGCAGAAAUGUCUGCGCUCUCGACCUUCCCCGACAAAGACGGCGCCGAGCGCGUCCUCGGCGCGCUGCGCGCCGCCCACCAGGGCCAGCCGCCCCACGCCCAUAAGCUGGAGGCCGGCGCCCCUGUGCCCACGCCAGGGUCGCCUCAGCGCGCGCCGCCGCGCGCGGCGCACGACGACGCGCGCACGCCGCCGUCCGAAACCGACACCGCUGAGGCUGCGCCGCCGCCGCUGCUCCGCGCGGUGGUCGCGCCCGCGGCGCCGCCGCCCCCGAAGCAGGAGCCCGCGCUCGCCGCCAGCCUUCUGCACGUGCCGCAGCUCCUGGCCGCACAGCAGCAGCAGCAGCAGCAGCAGCAGCAGCAGCAGCAGCAGCAGCAGCAGCAGCAGCAGCAGCAGCAGGGCGUGGGCGUCAUGCGGGCGGAGCUGGCCGAGAAGCUUGCGGCGAUCCUGCGGGACCGCCAGCAGGGCGGCGGCGCGGCGCUGGCGGCCCUCGACGAACUGCUGGCCAAGGGCAACCCCGUGGCGCUCGCCGUCGCGCAGCUGCUGCAGCCCCAGGCACAGGCGCAGCCGCAGGCGCCGGCGGCGCCCCCCGUCGCGGCCGCGGGGUCGCGCGGCCCCGUUGCAGACGGGCUCGCGCGCGGCGACAGCGGCGCGAGCAGCGGGACUGAGGACGCGUCGGCGUGCGGCUGGCCGCAGCGGCCAGCGGCGGGCGGCGCAACGGCGGCGCCGCAGGCGGAGGGGGGCCACGCGCAGGUACUGAGGCAGUUGCUGCAGCGCGUUAUUCAGCAGAAGCAGCAGCAGCAGCAGCAGCAGCAGCAGGCGGCAGCCUCCGCCGCCCACGCGGCCGUGGCGCACGCGCAAGCUCACGCCGCCCCCACCUGCGGCGCCGCGUCGCUGGCCGGCAUGGACCAGCAGCAGCUGGCGCGGCUGUCCAGCAUGCUGCGGGACGCCGCCGCCGCGGCCGGCGGCGCGGGCGGCACUGGGUCGGGCGCGCUCGGGACUGCCGCAACGGUGCUGGGUGGGCUUGAGCCCCAGUCGAUCCUGCGGAUAGUGAAUGCAGUCAGGGAGCGGGAGCUGCUGCUUGCGCAGCAAGACGCGGCCGCCGCUGCCGCAGCGCAGCAAUUGCAGCAGCAGCAGCAGCAGCAGCAGCAGCAGCAGCAGCAGCAGCAGGAGCUGCGGCAGCAAGCGGCGCUGCAGCUCCUGCACGCGCAGCAGCAGGCGGCGCAGGCUCACCCACUGGCUGACCUCAUUGCGCGGCUCGGCGCGGCGCGCCAGCAGCAGGCCGCCGCGGCUGCGGCUGAGCAGCAGCAGCAGCAGCAGCAGCGCCUGCAGCAGGCGGACGGCGCCGCGUUUUCUUCGCCAGCACCGCCUGGGUCGCUCGGCCCGGCGCAGGCGCAGGCGCUGCUAGGCGCGGUGCAGCGCCUCGGCCUGAAGCUGCCCGGCGUCUGCUUCAGCGGCUGUGGCCUGGUGCACCGCACGCACCGGCGCGCGGCGGCGGCGCGCACGCGGCGGGGGGCCGGCGCUCUUGCGGCGGCGCUGAGCGAGCACGGCGUGCUUGGGGACUGGCCGCCGCUCUGUGCUGGGAAGGAGGCAGGGGACGAGGACGAGGAGGAGGAGCGGCGGCCGCGCGAUCAUGCAAGGUGGUCGGGCUCCCCCGAGGACGCCCCGCACCAGCUGUGGCGCGGCGGCCGCGCGCCCGGCGCCGGCCGGGGGCGGGGCCGCGGCGUCAAGCGCGCGCGCGGCAGCGGCGGCGGCAGCGGCAGCGCGGGCGGCUCGCCGGCGCCUGCGGAGCAGGAGGCGGCGGCGCCUGAGCCCCCGAGGAACCGCAGGAAGGGGGCCAAGCCGACCCGCAACCUGUAA